CUCAGGGUAAGUCCAGGGUCACAAAGUGUCUGGGGGUAUAUAUAGUGGAGGAGAGAGGUGGUUCCUCAUCACCAACAUGAAGGUCUUGGUGUUCUGUGCUCUAGUGGCUGCUGCCGCUGCUUGGCCCAACUUUGGCUUCGUGAACGACGGUACUGGUGGGGCAUCUGACGCACAAAAACAGCAUGACGUGAAUUAUCUGCUGUUCAAAGUAUAUGAAGACGUACGUGAUGAAAACCUCCAUAAGCUUGGCGAGACCUUCGACCCUGAAGCUGACACAUCACACUAUUCUGACAAUGGAGAAGCUGUUCACAAGCUAGUAAAGGAACUGAAGGACCACAGGCUGCUCCAACAGAAACACUGGUUCUCCCUCUUUAAUACACGACAGCGUGAAGAAGCACUUCUGCUCUAUGACGUAUUGGAACACAGCAAUGACUGGCAAACAUUUGUGAGCAAUGCUGCAUAUUUCAGAAAUCAUGUUAAUGAAGGAGAAUUUGUUUAUGCUUUGUAUGCAGCAGUCAUCCACUCUUCACUUACCAAAAACGUUGUACUGCCACCACUUUACGAGGUCACUCCACACUUGUUCACAAACAGUGAAGUUAUCCAGGAAGCCUACCAUGCCAAAAUGACUCAAACACCUGGUAAAUUCAGAUCCCACUUUACUGGUAGCAAAAAGAACCCCGAGCAACGUGUAGCAUAUUUCGGCGAAGAUAUUGGCUUGAAUACCCACCAUGUUACUUGGCACUUGGAGUUCCCAUUCUGGUGGAACGACAAACAUGAAGGAUAUCACCUGGAUCGUAAGGGUGAAAACUUCUUCUGGGUACAUCACCAGCUCACUGUUCGCUUUGAUGCUGAACGUCUUUCCAAUCACUUGGAUCCCGUGAAUGAACUUCACUGGGAAGCAACCAUCGAGGAGGGUUUCGCUCCCCAUACAACUUAUAAGUAUGGCGGUGAAUUCCCAUCUCGUCCUGAUAAUAUUCACUUUGAGGAUGUCGACGGUAUUGCUCAUAUUCGUGACUUGAUUAUUCUUGAGAACCGUAUUCGUGAUGCGAUUGCCCAUGGAUAUGUUACAGCUCAUGAUGGAUCCACUGUUGAUAUAAACAACUCCCACGGAAUUGAUGUCCUUGGUGAUGUCAUUGAAUCGUCAACAUACAGCCCUAAUGUUGAGUACUAUGGUUCUCUCCACAACACAGCUCACAUAGUGCUAGGCCGCCAAGGAGAUCCACAUGGGAAAUAUGACUUACCUCCUGGAGUACUGGAACACUUUGAAACUUCCACUCGCGACCCAGCAUUCUUUAGAUUACAUAAAUAUAUGGAUAACAUCUUCAGGGAACACAAGGAUAGUCUUACUCCCUACACCAAAGAAGAGUUAGAGUUCAGUGGAGUUGCUAUUGAUGGUGUUUCAAUUGAUGGCCCUCUAGAAACUUUCUUUGAGGAUUUCGAAUAUAACUUAGUCAAUGCUGUAGAUGACACACCUCAAGUUGCAGAUGUUGCUAUCUCUACUGUUGUGUCACGUCUUAACCAUAAGGACUUUUCAUUCAAAAUUGAUGUUAACAACAAUAAUGAUCACGAAGUACUGGCAACAGUCCGUAUCUUCGCCUGGCCACACAAUGACAACAAUGAUAUUCCCUACUCAUUCAACGAGGGACGCUGGAGAGCCAUCGAGCUAGACAGGUUCUGGACAAAAUUGAGUCCUGGAGUGAACCACAUCGUUCGCAAGUCUACUGAGUCAGCAGUGACUGUUCCUGACGUACCCAGUUUCGAUUCUCUAAUAGAGCGAACUGAGGCCGCACUUUCGGCUGGUAGUAGCGAAGUCGACAUUCAUGAAUUUGUGAGUGCAGUUGGAGUGCCCAACAGGUUCUUGAUCCCCAAGGGUAACUCAGAAGGUCUGGAGUUCGAGCUGGUGGUGGCUGUGACAGACGGCAAAGCCGAUGCUGCUGUAGAAGGUCUGCAUGAAAACACCGUUUUCAAUCACUAUGGCUACCACGGAGUGUAUCCCGACAACCGACCACACGGUUAUCCCCUGGAUCGUCGUGUAGAUGAUGAACGCAUCUUCCACGACCUUUCCAAUUUCCACCAACAUACAGUCAAGAUCUACAAUCAUUAAAUUUGAAGAUAAAAGAUCUCGACAAUAAUAUGCAAUAAAAUUUUGAAAAUAAUGAA